CUUGAUUCACUCCUUAUCUUCUCAACUCAUCUUUCAUUUUUUGUCAAAAAGAUAAUCAUAUUUUGUUUGUGAGUUUCAUCUUUUUUCACCUAUUUCUACAUGAUGCCGAACUUGUUGAAAGAUGAAACCAAUGUUGAGAAAUUACAUGUUGCCAUUUUGGCAUUUCCAUUUGGAACACAUGCAUCUCCACUUCUUAGUCUAGUGAGAAAAAUAGCAGGGGAGGUGCCAAAAGUAACAUUUUCAUUCUUCACCACAACAGCAUCAAAUGCUACCUUAUUUUCUCCAAAUAAUGAUUGUCUUCCUAAUAUAAAGCAUUAUAAUGUUGAUGAUGGGUUACCAGAAGGUUAUGUGCCUUCAGGACACCCACUUGAACCAAUUUUUCUGUUCAUUAAGGCAAUGCCAGAGAACUUUAAAAGUGUUAUGGAUGAGGCAGUGGCAGAGACAGGGAAGGAUAUAACUUGUUUGGUUACGGAUGCUUUUUAUUGGUUUGCUGCUGAUCUUGCUCAACAAAUUAAUGCCAAAUGGGUUCCUCUUUGGACUGCAGGACCUCAUGCUCUUCUUACUCAUAUUUACACUGAUCUUCUCAGACAUGCCUGCAAACAAGUUCAUGAUGUCCAAAAUGUUGAUCUCAUUCCUGGUUUUCCCGAGCUAAAGGUUUGUGAUUUGCCUGAAGGGGUAAUAGAUGAUACAGAUGGACCAUUUGCAACAAUGUUACACAAAAUGGGACUAGAGUUACCACGAGCAACUGCAAUCGCCAUAAACUCAUUUGCUACAAUACACCCCCUUAUUGAGAAUGAUUUGAAUUCCAAAUUCAAAUUACUACUUAAUGUUGGUCCAUUCAUGUUGACAACACCACAACCUUUGAUUUCGGAUGAACAAGGUUGUUUAGAAUGGUUGAACCAACAUAAGAAUUUCUCGGUAGUGUAUAUUAGCUUUGGAAGUACCAUAAUACCCCCACCUCAUGAGCUCAUUGCAUUGGCAGAGUCCUUAGAAGAAUGUGGAUUUCCAUUCAUUUGGGCCUUAAGGGGUGAUCCAAAGGAAAAAUUGCCAAAUGGUUUUUUGGAAAGGACAAUAACUAAAGGGAAAAUUGUUUCAUGGGCUCCUCAAAUGGAAAUCCUUAAACACUCUUCAGUUGGUGUGUGUUUGACACAUUGUGGGUGGAAUUCAGUGUUGGAAUGUAUUGUUGGUGGUGUGCCUAUGAUUAGUAGACCAUUUUUUGGAGAUCAAAAGUUGAAUGCAAGAAUGUUGGAAAGUGUUUGGGAGAUUGGUGUGGGUGUUGACCAUGGAGUUUUGACUAAAGAAUCCACUGUAAAAGCUUUGAAAUUAAUCAUGUCAAGUGAGAAAGGUGGAGUAAUGCGCCAAAAUAUUGUUAAACUCAAGGAGUCGGCAUUGAAAGCUGUUGAACAAAAUGGUACUUCUACAAAGAAUUUCACUACUUUGAUACAAAUUGUGACAAGUUAGUUGAAGUUUUUAAGAUUGAUUAGAGGUGUUUGUAUUUAAGAUUGAUCAGAGGUGUUUGCAAGUAAGUACGGUUAGACUUAAUAAACUCGAUCACCGGACAAUCCAAUAUUAAGUGUUUGAUUUUAGGUUUAUUUUUAUUUUGAGUCGAGGCCUAACCAACUUGGCCAAAUCUUAAAUA